CCCGUUACAUAAUGUUCAUUAGUAAGCGAAGGGCAGUCCGCAAGCCUCAAGCCUCAAGGUCCCUGAAAAGGUACUUUGGUACUUAGAUUGAAAGUAAAGUUCAAUAAUGCCAAGGUUUCCAUUAAACGCGUCAAAACACGCUUUGGGAAAUGGCCAUUACGUGCAUCGUGCAGCCUCCCCACUUCCAACUUUCAAUUAGCUGUCGUCCGAUCAGCCCCAGAUUAUCCCAGCCUCUCUUGCACUUUCUUACAAUUUCCCCCUUCUUUCCGUCUUUUUCUCCAUAUCUAAGAGAUAACCCCUAAAAGAUAACACAAUUGGCAUUGGACAAAAUAUGCUUUUUUAUUCAUAACAUCACCAAUUCUAGAUCCGGCUUCUUCGCGUCGAAAUAUUCAAUUCAUACUUCUGCACGUUUUCGUAGCUGCAGCUAUUGAGCGUUUGGAAAUAUUACCUUGCGUCAUUACAAUAAUUUGACCCCAAGAGAACCAACUAGAUCCCCGGACCUUCUUGGUAUUAUCAGAUCUAAGGUAAUUCUAUAUUUGGUCGGGGUGGGCCUCGUUUGCGUACGACACGUAAUAUCCUAUUCACCUCUUCAAGGUUCUUCACAGCCCUGAGCCAUGUCGGCCCCGCGAACAAAGCGCCAAUUCGCAGGCGCAGCAAGCGACCCUGCGCAGCGACAGAUCACCUCGUUCUUCACCACGCAACAACCCGACUAUAGCUCCUCCAUCAAUCAUACCAGCUCGCGGGCACAGAACCCUUCUGGUCUUGCUAACCCCUCUCUUCCCGCGUCGGUGCAGGCGAACCUCUUAUCGGUGGGCAUGCGAGUGCGCAAGUCUGUCCCCGAAGGCUACAAGACAGGAAGUUACAGCGCUUUUGGGCUCUGGGACGAGCGCAACAACAAUAACACCAACAACAAAAUCACCACCAGCGGCUCCGCAGCGGUUAUGGGCGAGGGACGAUCACGUGCUAAUGCCAUCUCGACGUCCCGGGAACUCCUUCCCUUCUGCGGAAUCCACAAGGUCGGCGGUUUAAGCCCUCAGCCUGAGAUUACCACCCAAUCGUUUCCUCCCCCGCCAUCUUACCAGCCGCUUCUCAGCCUCAACGGCGGGCCUCUCAACGAGACGAUGGACGAGGAUGUCCCCGGCCUGACGAGCAGCCAGGACUCCGUCGAGAGCACCGGCUCGAGCAUCUCGCGCGCGCGAACUCGCAAGCGUUCGUAUACCGAGGAUGAAGACGAGACACCCCAGACCCCGGGCCGUCUCAACCUCGACUUCAACACGUGGCUGUGGAGCGAUAGGUUCGACGGCGAGGUCAGCCCGCGGAGCGUGGCGCCUGCUGGUUGGAGUGCGGGCAACGGCAAUGGUAAUGGCAACGGCCGCGUGAUGGCGAUACCGCGGAAGGCCAAACUUCGAGGAACCAAGCUGGCGGCGGCGCAAGAGAACGUUAGAGUCGUAAACAGUGUCGACGGCUCAGACUUCGAAGAGGCGGAUUUCCUGGUCGAGACGUCCGAUCUGGGAUACGAACACGGUUCGCGCGGUUGGGAAGUCGAGAUGAGCGAUGUUUAGAGGGCGUGUGGAAGGUGAAGGAUACACUAAUCGUCUUCGGCGUGCAUUGAAUUUGAGUUACGUUUGGGAUACCCAGAAGAGCAGCAGCAGCAGCAGCAGUGAGUCACGAGAGUGGAAUAUGGAAUAAGAAGACGAAGAUAAGGCUGUUUGUGUGUUUGUCGUUUGUAUUUUUUUUUUUUUUUUUUUUUUCGGAUUAUCAUUGGCGGACCGGCGUUUCUAGCGAAAACUGCAUGGUUUGGCUUUUUUUUAAUGGAUCAACUUGGCAAUGCUCAAGUUGUACGGGGAUGUCUUACGCUGCGUUGGUUGCACUACAUACAUGCAUUAUGUAUCAUAUUGAGGACGGUACCUAGGGGGAGGAAGUAUACACACACACACACACACACACACGCAAGGGAGAAGCUAAUGUGUAGCAACCGAAAGCGUUGUUUGACUUAUCUCCAUAGGGAGAGC